AUGCAUCUGAAGAAAAAGAAAACACACGCAUUACUCACCUCGAUUCCCCAUCCCUUUCUCUCACAACCCAUCGGGAACCGCUCCCGCCAUUCCCUCUUCCCCGCCGCCGUCUACUCCGGCCACCAUGCCGCCCCCCGCUCGCCCUAUCCCCGCUCACUUCCCCCGCCGACGGAGCCCUCCCGUGUCCUCAAUCACGCAGCCCCGCAAACACUAGCCGCUCCUCUGCCGGCGCUGGCGCCGGCGCAUGAGGACGGGGCCGACCGCAGUACGGACUUCUGGUCGCAUCCCGAGCUGUUCCAAACUCUAGCUCCGGAAGACGACCAUGCGGCAACCUCGCGCCGUGCGUCGAUUCGCCAUCCGUCGGAGCCGCUGCUCGUCCACGGGAACCACCAAGGUCGCCGCCGCCGGGCGAGCUCCGGCACCGCUGCCUCGCCGGCGUAUUGGAGGGAUCACCCAGGGCCAUGGACGCGGCCCUUCCGCGACCUGCAAGACCUCGGCCCCAAGCCCCACCUCCACGCUGCCGUCCUGGAGCACAUCUUGCCACCCCAAAGGUGUGGCUGGCAAGAAUGCAAACCAGCCUGUGCAUUUACCGCGGCGGCGUGCGAUGGCAGCGGCGGACCUCGUGAGGAUGUCACCCAUAUUGAUUCUUCUGGUGUUUUGAGGACGCAUGCUGUGUAUAUCUUCCCCCUGAGGAGGUAUGUAUACUUUAUUUCGCCUGGAGAAAGAGCACCUACCCGGGCUGCACCUGUGAUGGUGGCCUCGUGGUCCUACGAGUGCAGGAUCUGCCUGGACGAGUUCAAGAACGCCGGCAGGUCGGGCUGAGUGAACCUGCCCUGCCUGCACGCUGUUGCUGUCCGCAACGGGGCACUGUUGAUGUCGGUGGAGAGGAUACCACAAUCUUCGUCCCUCGCUGCUGGGCGUCCAGGAUGCAUCAGCAUCAAGUAACGGUAAUCUCUCUUUCCCAACCCUGGUGGAUCAGUAUGUAUGGCGUUGCUGCACAUGGUGAUAUGCUUUGCGCUUUAUGUAUGCUCUUGCCAAUUGCGAGGUGUACAUAUGCAGCUUGCAUGUUGUGUUGUAUUUUACCGUCCCACCCUGGGCUCGGAAGGGAUUGUGGAAACUUUGAUGAUGUGCUUUGCCUUGAUGGUUGUUUGUUGUCCGGUGUUGCGUAAAUUCUGGUUGAUUGUAUGUCACAAUGUCACAUGUGU